GCCCAGGCGUCUGUUGCCCCACCCGCCGGUUCAGUCAAACAGCUAAUGAUCUGCUAUUGCUGCAUGGAGGAAGGUGGCAGCAAUUUCGUGGUCACGAGGUGCGGCCAUACCUACCAUGAGGAGUGCCUUCGGGCUUGGCUGGACGUAUCCGGUACGUGUCCGAUCUGCCGCCGCUGCCGAAUUAGGUACUACCAUCAAGCUACACGGGGAGACCGAGUGUUCCGCUAAGUCGGACUGAGUGGUGGAGCUCAGAAGAAUGAACAGAGAACUCAGGCGGCGGCUCCACAAUGCUGAGGAGGAAAAAGACCAGGAGACCCGCAGGGCGCACAAGCACGCCCGUGCAUCGUCGGAACAUACCGAGAGGUACCUGAACCUGAAAGCGAAGCUGAGUGAGCUGGAAAUAGAGCUGGAGGCCACCAAGAAACGAGCGGCGAGUAGCCUUCAACUUCGAAGGGAGGCGAUCGGCUUGUUCAAGAGCUUGAGGGCGCGCAACCCUGAGAAGCAAGGGUAUGGCGCCAACGCCCCCGACGAAGCCGGUCCCGUCGGCCCAGGCGACGCUGCCGAGGGCGGUGUUGACGGCGUUGCCGCCGACGCAACCGAUGAAGCCGGCCCUGUCGGCCCAGCCGACGCUGGCGAUGAAGCGCAGGAGCAGGAAGAUACGCUCUGACUGAGGGCAAGGGGCAGGCGACGCUGGCGAGGAAGCGGAGGGGCAGGAAGACAUACUGUGACUGUGGGGACAAAUAAAUUUUUUCGCAGAGGUUAGAGAGACGGCUGUAAAGCCUGAACGGUUCAUUUCGCAAGAUGGAUGGAUGGAUGGAUGGAUGGAAGCACCAGCGCGGAGAAACGGGAAGCGACCCCAUCCCGAGUCGAGUUCUGAGAAUCCUCCGCCGGAUGGCAGGGAAUCAUUCCCCAUAAAGUUUAAAUUGCUCACUUACUGAGGUAGCAGCGGAAUUGAGUUCUUCCCUAUAGCAGAAAAAUCAAGUAAUCAUCAACUUAACGAUGGAUGUGCAAUGCAGGGCUCUGAAAUAUGGACACCCACCUGUGCUACCGUAUCUUGCCCGUAGGUCGCCGAGACACUGCUUAGAGAAAGACGACGACAACGAGUGCUUGGAAGACCUGUGCCUGUGUCGCCGAAGCUGUGUGAUCCCCUCGCUCUCGACGCCUCUUGACAUACGCUUGUCGAACUCUCGUAUGUAGCACAAACAGCGGAGCAGCAGAAACGCGUAGUUUUCACAACGGCGAAUCGUGUCGCGACUGUUCGUCUCGUGGUGAAGAAGUCACGUCACAAAAAUUUUAAGCGUUUAAGCUGCAAUUGCUUCGAAAAGUUUGUAAUUUCAGAUAGAGAUGUUUUUCUGUGCCUGCUGAUUUGAUGCGUCGCAAAUAAAGUUUCCACAAUAAAGGCGCUGGCGUUUCGAUUACCGCCGCCGGCGGUGCGCUCUCGUCGUUUCGAUGGUGGCGCCACCACAGGCUUCCACAAGGCCGGUCGGUGUGCGUGCGCUACGCGCGCGCA